UGUGUCCACCGGUGUAUGAAGAGAGGACAGAGGGGCAGGAGAGAUUAACAGCCGUCUACAGCGUAAAGAGACCUGAGCCGGUCCUCAUGGCCCAGUUCGGAGGGCAGAAGAACCCUCCGUGGGCGGCUCAGUUCGCCGCUACAGCGGUAUCCCAACCCGGAGCUCUCGGCGUUCAACAACCUUCCCUUCUGGGUGCCUCUCCCUCGAUGUACUCCCAGCAGUCCGCUCUGGCAGCAGCUUCCCUUAACACACAGUCAGCCGCCAACUACCAGCUGUCGCAGCAGACUGCAGCGCUGCAGCAGCAAGCCGCAGCGGCUGCUGCAGCUGCCUUGCAACAGUUACCACAACCUCAGCAGGCCUUGCUCUCACAGCCUCCUGUAGCCUUACCCACCAGCCUGAGUCUGUCAAACCCUCAGCCCACCGCCCAGAUCACCGUGUCCUACCCAGCACCACGCUCCAGCCAGCAGCAGCAGACCCAACCGCAGAAACAACGCGUCUUCACAGGUGUCGUCAACAAACUGCACGACACCUUUGGCUUUGUGGACGAGGAUGUCUUCUUCCAGCUCAGUGCAGUGAAGGGGAAGACUCCCCAGGUUGGAGAUCGUGUGCUCGUGGAAGCCGUCUACAACCCCAACAUGCCCUUCAAAUGGAAUGCUCAGCGAAUCCAAACUUUACCUCAAUUGCCAAACCAGUCGCAGAGUCAAAGCCAGCCUCCCGGUCCAAACAUGAUGAAAAGUGGUCCAGGUAUGCUGCAGUCCCUUCCUCCCCCGACCUCGUUUAGCGUCCCCGCGCAGGGACCCCCUCCAUCUCUUCUGCAGGCCCAGCUUUCUGCAGCCUCUCUGGCCCCCCUGCUCCAGAACCCUCCCCAACCACUGCUUCCACAGCCCCCACCGAAAGGCGGUCUCUUGCAGCCCCCCGUGCGGAUGAUCCCACAGCCACAGACGGUGAGGCGCAUGGACCCCUCUCCACGCUUCCCUGGCCGAACUGACCGACCUGACCUCAUCCUUAGGAAAGAUGAUCGCAGUCGUGAGAGAGACAGAGAGAGGAGGAGAUCAAGAGAACGUUCGCCAACGCGGAAGCGUUCUAGAGACCGAUCGCCUCGGCGAGAACGAUCUCCGCGACGACCCCGUAGAGUCGUCCCGAGAUACACCGUACAGUUCUCCAAGUUCUCUCUGGAUGGGUAUAGCUGUGAUAUUAUGGAGCUGCGGCGUCGAUACCAGAGUCUGUACAUCCCCAGUGAUUUCUUUGAUGCUGUAUUCACCUGGGUGGACGCUUUCCCCCUCACACGACCCUUCCAGUUUGGCAACUACUGUGGCUUUCACAUCAUGCACAAAGAGGUCGACUCACUGGUCAAAAACACAGCUGUACUGGACCCACCAGACGCCAACCACACCUACAGCGCCAAGGUGAUGUUGUUGGCCACGCCCAGUCUGGAUGAGCUCUAUCAUAAGUCAUGUGCUCUGGCUGAAGACCCUCAAGACAUCAGAGACUCCUUCCAGCAUCCUGCUCGCCUCAUUAAGUUCCUGGUAGGGAUGCGUGGUAAAGACGAGGCCAUGGCUAUUGGAGGUCACUGGUCUCCAUCUCUGGAUGGUUCCGAUCCAGAGAACGACCCGUCGGUGCUAAUUAAGACGGCUAUCCGAUGCUGUAAGGCCCUCACUGGCAUUGACCUGAGUCUGUGCACUCAGUGGUAUCGUUUUGCAGAGAUUCGCUAUCACCGGCCAGAGGAGACGCACAAAGGGCGGACAGUGCCCGCACAUGUGGAGACAGUGGUUUUAUUUCUCCCGGAUGUGUGGCAUUGCCUCCCUACCCGCUCAGAGUGGGAGGCGCUGUCCCGCGGACUCAAGGAGCAGCUGGCAGAGAAACUCUUGGCUGAACGAAAGGAAGCAGAUGGAGAACAGGAGGAAGAGGAGAAAGAUGAAGAUGACUCUAAAGAAGUCACCACGCCCACCCAUUGGUCCAAACUUGAUCCAAAGUCCAUGAAGGUGAAUGAUCUGAGGAAGGAGUUGGAGAGCAGAACUCUGAGCUCUAAGGGACUCAAGUCACAGCUGAUCGCUCGUCUCACCAAACAGCUGAAGGUGGAGGAGCAGGUGGAGGAGUCUAAAGAGCCAGAGAAGCAAGAGCCUCCAAACACCGAGGAGGACGAAACCUGCAGGCUGGAAGAGGACAGAGAGGAGGAGGAGCGGAGGCGGCAGGAGGAGCUGGAGAGGCAGCGCAGAGAGCGGCGUUACGUUCUUCCCGACGAGCCCACCAUCAUCGUCCAUCCAAACUGGGCGGCCAAAAACGGCAAAUUUGACUGUAGCAUCAUGUCUCUGAGCGUGCUGCUGGACUACCGGCUGGAGGACAACAAGGAGCAUUCCUUUGAGGUGUCCUUGUUUGCAGAACUCUUUAAUGAAAUGCUGCAGAGAGACUUUGGUUACAGGAUCUAUAAGGCCCUAGCCUCCGGUCCCAGUAAAGAUGACAGGAAAGACAAGAAAGAAAAGGCAAGGAGAGAAGCGGAGCGGAGAGAGAUGAAGAAAGAAAAAGAAGAAGAGAAUGGAGAGCCUGUGGUGAAGAGAGCGAGAGAGGAAGAGGAGAAGAGGAAGGAGCGAGAGAGAGGGCUGAAAAAGGAAGAGUCUAAAGAGGAAGAGGAUAAUGAAGAUGAAGGCAGUAAUACGAAUGCAGAAGAGUACGACCCUCUUGAGGCUGAGGAUGCGGAUGACUACGAUGAUGAUGAUGACGAAGACUCUAAUGGACGGGACAGAAGAGAUGACAGGAGAGAGGAGAGGAAGUCAAAAGAGAGGUCGUCUAAAGAUAAAGAGGAGAGGAAGAAGCAGAUGGUGACCUAUAACAGGGAGCUGCUGAUGGCCUUUGUGUACUUUGAUCAGAGUCACUGUGGUUACCUGCUGGAAAAGGACUUGGAGGAGAUCAUAUACACACUGGGUCUACACUUGUCCAGAGCUCAGGUGAAGAAGCUGUUGAAUAAAGCUGUGAUCAGGGAGUCCUGCCAUUACAGGAAGUUGACCGACAGGCCUAAAGAUGAACCCAGUCCAGCGGGGAUCCUGGACAGUCAAAUAGACAACAUCUUAGGUAACCGCGCCCUGCUGCCAAGCGCCCAGGGGAAGCGGGAGGCCGCAGAGAACAGCGAAUCGGCCAGUCUGAUCGUGUAUAACGGAGCGAUGGUCGACGUGGGCAGCAUGCUGCAGAAACUGGACAAGAGUGAGAAAGGCAGAGAGGAGAUUGAACAGAAACUCAUGCAGCAGGAUGCAAAAAUGGAUGAAGAUGCUAAGCAUAUGGAGGAACUGGAGACGCUCAAUGGGAGUUUGCAGAAGGAGCUGGAGGAGUUGAGGAGUACGCUGAAAGAGACACAGAAAAGCCUGGAGGAGUCAGAGCUCCAGAAAAACACAUACCACGAACAGCUUCACAAAACCAACUCUCACCUUAGCAGCAUCAUGAACGACCUCCAGAGUGUUUUAACCAAGGGAAACCUCUCUGAAGAUGCAGACCAAAAAACUCAAGCUAACGGCUCAGAUGAAUGAACUGUUUUUCUUUUUCAUCUAAAAUGAAUGAAUUCUUUCUUACCAAACUGUAAAUAGGCACUAAACCAGAACCAUCUGAAGCUUGUUUUAUUUGUUAUUGUUUUUGUUUUUGUUUUGUUUUGUUUUUUUCCUCCACAUGUACAGAAUUUUACUGACCUGAGUUCGCUGUAACUCUGUGUUCUAUUCCAUCGUCACUGUUGCAUCUGAAAAUAACAC